AUGCUUCAAAUCAAACAAGUAAGAGACGAUUAUCGAGAGCUGUUUGAAUUAUCAAUUAUAUUCCUUGGUAUAUGUGCUCCGAACAAUGAUUUACAGCUGAUGAAGACCUUAAUAAACUAUGGUAAUCCAGAUAUUUCAAAUGCCACAGUAAAAAAAAUGAUGGGACAUUUGUGGUAUCUGUCAGAUGAGUUAGUUGGUCUUUGUUUGUUUGACCAAAAUGUCUCAGUAGAAACCAAGUGUAAGGUCGUCCACGCAAUGAUUAAUAACCCUUUCCAAGAAGUUCGGGAUGUACUGCCAAAAAUUAAAAAACAUGAUUUGGAAAAAUUGCGGCUUCAUGAUUUAUCAAAUCAAAAUACAAUGAGAGUUUUCAUAGAAUUUGGUGUUGAAAAAUUUUUUGAAUCUGACAUGGUUAAUUGGAACGAUUCUAAAAGUUUCUGA